UCGGCCGGGUGCCGCUGGCGGCCGUUGCCAGGGUGGGGGUCGCUUUGCGGCAUGGCGAUGGCGGAGGGCGAACGGACUGAGUGUGCUGAGCCCCCCCGGGACGAACCCCCUGCCGAAGGCGCCUUGAAGCGGGCCGAGGAGCUCAAGACCCAGGCCAACGACUACUUUAAAGGUACGUCCGGCCCGGACAGGGUGGUGAAGGUGAAGCCUCAUGACAAAGAUGCCAAGAUGAAGUACCAGGAGUGCAGCAAGAUCGUGAAGCAGAAGGCCUUUGAGCGGGCCAUCGCGGGGGAUGAGCACAGGCGCUCUGUUGUGGACUCACUGGACAUCGAGAGCAUGACCAUCGAGGACGAGUACAGUGGGCCAAAGCUUGAGGACGGCAAAGUGACAAUAACCUUCAUGAAGGAGCUCAUGCAGUGGUACAAGGACCAGAAGAAGCUGCACCGGAAGUGUGCCUACCAGAUUCUGGUGCAGGUGAAAGAGGUCCUGUGUAAGCUGAGCACGCUGGUGGAGACCACGCUGAAAGAGACAGAGAAGAUUACAGUGUGUGGGGACACGCACGGCCAGUUCUAUGACCUCCUCAAUAUCUUCGAGCUCAACGGCUUGCCCUCCGAGACCAACCCCUAUAUAUUUAAUGGCGACUUCGUGGACCGUGGCUCCUUCUCCGUGGAGGUGAUCCUCACCCUUUUUGGCUUCAAGCUCCUGUACCCAGAUCACUUUCACCUACUUCGAGGCAAUCACGAGACAGACAACAUGAACCAGAUCUACGGUUUCGAGGGCGAGGUGAAGGCCAAGUACACAGCCCAGAUGUACGAGCUCUUCAGCGAGGUGUUCGAGUGGCUUCCGCUGGCUCAGUGCAUCAACGGCAAAGUGCUGAUCAUGCACGGAGGCCUCUUCAGUGAGGACGGUGUCACUCUGGACGACAUUAGGAAGAUCGAGCGGAACCGGCAGCCUCCAGACUCAGGUCCCAUGUGCGACCUGCUGUGGUCUGAUCCCCAGCCUCAGAAUGGGCGCUCGGUCAGCAAACGGGGCGUGAGCUGCCAGUUCGGGCCCGAUGUCACCAAGGCCUUCCUGGAGGAGAACCAGCUGGAGUACAUCAUCCGCAGCCACGAGGUCAAGGCAGAGGGCUACGAGGUGGCCCACGGCGGCCGCUGCGUCACCGUCUUCUCUGCCCCCAACUACUGCGACCAGAUGGGGAACAAAGCCUCCUACAUUCACCUCCGGGGCUCCGACCUGCGGCCCCAGUUCCACCAGUUCACAGCAGUGCCUCACCCCAACGUCAAGCCCAUGGCCUACGCCAACACGCUGCUGCAGCUGGGGAUGAUGUGAGGCAGGGGCGCCCCCUGGCCAGCACCCUGCAACCAGGACCUGAGCAGCCCCGCCCCCGGGCAGCGUUGGACCCCCUUUUACUUUGUAAAGUUUGUAUUUAUUCCUCUUUAGGUUGCAGAGGGGGUGGGCAGAGCAGAGCAGGGCUGGCCAGAGCGGCUGUCCCCUGCGCAGGCAGGAAGGGGGUGCCCGAGCUGGGGUGCAGAGGGGCACAGCCAGGCAUUCUGGAGGAAGGCCGGCCUGGGGCGGGACCAAGAGGAUUCCCCGCCCCUUCGUUUGCAUGGCUCCUCCCCGCUAAAGCAAUAGGGCCCUGCCAUAGGAAGACCCUAGGAAGAGGGUCAUCAGGGAGGCCUCGCCUGCACCCUGCCUCCUGGUAGCCCAAGGGUGGGGCCAGGCCGGGCCCACCCCUCCCCCAGCUGUUUUAUGUCUGUAAUUAAAUAUGUUAAAAUAAAGUCAUUAUUGUAAGUCA